ACCCCACCGCGCCGGGAGCUCGCCGCCCCCCGGCUGAAGUCCGGUGCCGCCGUGCCGCGCCGUGCCGAGCCGGGGGUGCCGUCACUCGGCGCUUCCAGCAUGCUUCUAAGAUGGCGGUAGCGGCGGCGGGCGGCGGCCGGGCGCAGCGCAGCGGCUGGCUGGAAGUUUUGGUGCGGGACCGCUGGCACAAAGUGCUGGCCAACUUGUGCGGAGAGGCGCUGGUGCUGAGCGGCGAGGAGCGCCCCGACGGCGCGGCCCACAACGGCCUGGGUGGCGAUGGGGCGGCGUGCCGCGGGGCUGAGGGCGGCGGCGGAGCAGCGGCGGUGCGCACCGCCUUCACCGACCCCCCCGAGCAGGUGCCCGAGGCUGUCUCCAACAAGAAGCGGUGCGUGAAGGUGUUGAAGCAGGAGCUGGGCGGGCUGGGCAUCAGCAUCAAGGGGGGCAAGGAGAACAAGAUGCCCAUCCUCAUCAGCAAGAUCUUCAAGGGGCUGGCAGCCGACCAGACCCAGGCGCUUUAUGUGGGUGAUGCCAUCCUGGCCGUCAACGGCACCGACCUGCGGGACGCCACCCACGACGAGGCGGUGCAGGCUCUCAAGCGGGCCGGCAAGGAGGUGCUGCUGGAAGUGAAAUACAUGAGAGAAGCAACCCCCUAUGUGAAGAAAGGCUCCCCUGUUUCAGAAAUCGGGUGGGAGACACCUCCCCCUGAGUCUCCUCGCCUGGGUUGUGCUUCUACUGACCCAUUGUCGCAGCUUUCGCUCUCCAUCCACAGAGACAAGAAGACAAUACCGCUCAAGAUGUGCUACGUGACGCGCAACAUGACAGUGUCAGACCCUGAAAACAGACUUAUCGAAGUUCAUUCACCUGAUGCCAAGCACACCGUGGUGCUCAGGAGUAAGGAUUCAGCUACAGCCCAGGCCUGGUUCAAUGCCAUCCACUCCAGUGUCAAUGAGCUCAUCCCCAGGGUCAUUGCAGAGGUCAGAGACCAGCUGGGUAAAACAGGGAUUGCUGGAAGUCGAGAGAUUAGGCAUCUAGGCUGGCUUGCAGAAAAGGUGCCAGGGGACAACGAGAAGCACUGGAAGCCAGUGUUAGUGGUCUUGACGGAGAAAGACCUCUUAAUAUAUGAGAGCAUGCCGCGAAUGAAGGAAGCUUGGUUCAACCCUCUGCAUACCUACCCCCUGCUAGCCACCAGGUUGGUCCAUUCUGGCCCAGGAAAAGGCUCACCACAGUCAGGGAUGGAUUUAUCUUUUGCAACCCGUACCGGUACAAGGCAAGGGAUAGAAACCCAUCUGUUCAGGACAGAGACUAGCCGAGACCUCUCACUGUGGACAAGGAGCAUCGUGCAGGGCUGCCACAACUCUGCAGAGCUUAUCACGGAAAUCACCACAUCUUGCACAUACAAAAGCCAGGAGUGCCGCUUGACCAUCCAUUAUGAACAUGGAUUCUCUCUUACAACUGAACCACAAGAUGGUGCCUUCUCUAAGACAAUUGCACAAUAUCCCUAUGAAAAACUGAAAAUGUCCUCGGAUGAUGGGAUAAGGAUGCUUUAUUUAGACUUUGGAGGAAAGGAUGGAGAAAUUCAACUGGACCUUCAUUCCUGUCCAAAACCAAUUGUGUUCAUCAUUCAUUCCUUCCUCUCAGCAAAGAUUACAAGACUUGGCUUGGUGGCAUAAGUGGGAUACAUCUGUUUCUUCAAGGAGAGAUGGAUGACCAUGCUAAUCUGAAGUACAGUCAACAGCAGCAACCUGUACCAGCCAGUAGCAUACACCAGCUUGGGGCUCAGUACCAGGCCUUGAUGGUUUCUGCAGUCUUCCAAGGCCCAGGUUUCAUUUUGAUCAGCUGAAGAGGUCGCAUGACAAGGAAAAUGGUGGAUUUCAUUGUAAAUAAUGGGAUUUUAAAAUCCCAUAAGAGACAGUAGAAGCAUGUAGUACCAUACAUGUAAAUGUUCCAGAAUCAUAAAUUGUGCCUAUUUCAAUGUACUUGUUUAUAUAGAAUAAGUAAAGGGCUAAGCAGACAAGAGCAGGUGUUGGUUGUGAUGCAAGCUCACGGUUGGUUGAGUAGAAGUUCUCCAAACAAGAUUGUCCCACCACUCAAAAGUAAAAUAUUGUUCCUGUUCUAACCUGUGCGCCAGUUACAGACUUUUCUUGUGGAGCACUGUCAGAAGUCAUUGCUUGGGCACCAAGCAGAGCAUGCAAGUGUGCACCUUGGAGUCAGAUGCUCUAACUCAAAACAGCCAUGGUCAGUGAACAGCUGGAGGGGCACUAUCACAUUAAAUGAUGAGGGCAUCUUAUAUACAUUCCCAAAACAGGACUAGCUGUAGUGAUGCAUUGAGACUCAGCUGUCAGGAAGGGACAUAGGAGCAUCAUUUCUUAAUGACCACACAGGAUGUAUUUUUACAGUGACUUUCCAGAAUGGUUUAAUGAGUUCCAGCUCCCUGGGCCUCCUAGCUUAGGUGAGAGUUACCUGAAUCCAUGUUAAAGCAUGACCUAAACUUCUGCCAGCACACUGCCACAGCAGUUUUCCAAGAGAAAACCAUGCUGAGCUUCCUGUCCUCCUACCCCGUGUCACCCCCUCAACUCAGAUGAGGCUGGUUGUCUGUCUUCAUGGAAGAACAAAUGCAGAGAAGGAGGAAGACUUGAUUUUUCUGAGAGUUUCCUAGAUUAGAAUAGAGAAGUUAUUCAAGCAGCUCCACCACAGCGAGGAAACACACCAGGAUGAGAUGAGAUAAAAUGCCAGAAAAGCCUUAAUAUGGAACUGCUCCUAUGACCAUGACUUGACAACUUGAUUUAUUCCUGCUGGUGAAAUGUAGGACAUUCACCUCCACAUUCAUAACUUGCUAGUUCCUGUUUUGCAACACAACUACUGUAUUAAGUCAAAACACACAAUUCACUGUUCACAGUUAUAUGGGUACAAAGCAGGCAGCAGGCAGAAACACUGACCAUCAUCAGAGGUGAUACACACAGCUUGCACUUGGAACUACUAAAUUGGCUUAGUAUGGUUGGGUGGGAAGAGAAAGCAGCAGAACAGGGAUGGAAUUUAUGUUGCUCUUACUUUGUAACCAGAACUGCUUCACAUAGGGGAGGGGUUUUGUUUGAUGCGAAGUUUUGCCCUAAAUUCACACUUAGAAGGACAGGAACUGUACAGGAAAUAAUGAACCCAAAGUCUGUGGAAGUUCUCUUGUAUCACAACACGUUUAUUUUUGAGAAAGCACGUAAGUUUCAACUUGGCAUCACUUGGCUGGCAAAGAGGGAAAUUAAAAAUACAAUUUGGUUCCAUGUUGUUUUUAAGCUAAGUCUUGAGAGUUGAGCCUAAGUCAUGCUGGACUAUUCCUGUUCACAGCAUAGGAAUUAGUUCGUGGUGGUUUCCACGGGUAUCUUAAUCAUUGAGACUAAUUAAAAAAUUAAGAUAAUGGGCUGAAUUCACAAAUACAGAAAUGACGAUCAAAGAACAACAGCUUAAACCACCCGCUGGAGGAGCAGCCCCACUCCCAGCACUUCUCACCAGUCUAAAGCCAGCAUUCACCGAGCUGUGGACUUUGGUUUUACUGUUACGGUACUUAAAACUUAAUUCCUUGUGUAAAUUCACAGGGUGGGAGAUGAUGUUACAUGGCUUACCAACACUGUCCAAAUGGACAUUUCUCCUUUAGCACCUGCUGCCGCUCACAUUACUGAUGGUGGCGGUUCCUUGGGUCUCUCUUGGCUUGGCAGCUUCUGGGAGAACACCUCCUGAGAAGCUGAGAGCAGUCGGUACGCUGGGGUCUGCGUCUUUCAGUAUGAGCUCACACCACAUCAGCAAGUAAACCUUUGUGUGAAGACUUCAGAAAGCAAUUUGGGACAUUUUUGUUGCUGUUCCAAAGUAUAACUGAAGAAUUUGGACACAGGCUCCUUAUAAAAGUUCCAGAGGUUAAAGUGAAAACUUGUGUGGAGUAGGUUAAAUAUGUGUGUAAACUAUACUGCACUAUUUCCUUAUUCCUUUAACACUUACAAAUCACUGGAAUGUUAUACCUAACAUGUAUGUGCAUUGUAAAUAUUACAAAUUCCUAUAUUAGUACCAACAAUUAAAUGACACAAUAUGUAGUCUAAGGUGCUCAGUACUAUAUGAAGUAUAAGUGAAUAACAGUUUGCAAAGAAAAUUCAUAUUAUAUAUAUUUAUAGAAAAAAUAAUGAUAAUUACAGAUGCUAUUUCUUCAUUUUCAGAUUUUGGACUGAUUCAUAUUUGGAUGGGAUAGACGAAAUAUGGACCUACUCCACAUUUAUAAAAGUAUAGUGAAUAUUUAUAUUUUAGAGGAAAAGAAUAUAUUUAAUAAAGUCAUUUAUUGGAUUUCUGUGAGGUGAGCUUAAUUUGUACCCAAACAAGCUGUUUGGAAGGCUGGCCUCUGGUUUUGGGCUGGGGAAAAAUACAUUUUCAACUUCAGGCAUUCUGUUAAGAAUUCAGUUACUUGAGAGAACUCUUCAUCGCAUUGAUGGAAUGACUUUUAAAGAUUUAAAAUAAAAAAAGUAUUAAUGUACUGUCAA